AUGGCCUCUUGCAGCAGAAGCACACACCCUGUGCCACCGCACUACUCUUUCGGGCUUUGGCUUACGAGCAUUCUUUUGUUCACGGAGGCAACAACGCCGACGACGAAGGGGUGCGUAGAGGGCGAGAGGGACGCCCUCCUCGACUUCAAAACCGGCAUCGUCAAGGAUCCUUCCAGCCGUUUGUCAUCAUGGCGAGGCCGAGUAGACUGCUGCAGAUGGAGCGGGGUGGUCUGUGACAACAGAACCGGCCAUGUCGUGGAGCUCAACCUCCAUAAUUCAGACCCUAAUUACAGUGAGACGUCUAUCGGAGGUGAGAUCAGACCAUCCUUGCUCCUGCUAACUCAUUUGGAGCGUCUCAACCUCAGCCACAAUGACUUCGGUGGGAUCCAAAUCCCGAAAUUUUUGGGUUCCCUUACCAAGUUGACGUAUCUCGACCUCUCCUGGUCCAACUUCGGCGGAGCCAUUCCGCCCCAGCUGGGCAACCUGUCCAGCCUCCGCUCGCUCGGUCUCCAUUCGUAUGGCUUAUCGAGCGAUCGCCUGCACUGGCUCUCGCGUCUCACUUCCUUGAGAUACCUCGACAUGAGCGGUGUGAACCUUUCCAUAGCCUCCCACGAUUGGCUUCACUCAAUGAACAUGUUGUCCUCACUGGAGGAGCUACAUUUACCAUACUGUUGCCUCACCGACCUCCCCUCUUCUCUUUCCCAUGUCAACCUCACAGCACUGGCCACUCUCGAUCUCCGUGGCAACCACUUCAACUCCACCUUCCCCGACUGGCUAUGGAAACUCCACAACCUCUCUUAUCUUGAUCUCAGUUUUUCUAUGUUUCAUGGUGCCAUAUCUGCUGGGAUUGGAAAUUUGACUGGUCUAAGAGAACUUCAUCUGAGUGAUAAUUCACUUUCAGGUCCCGUGCCCAUUGAGAUUGGAAUUUGUAAUAGUCUAAAACUUAUCGAUCUGAGUGAUAAUUCACUCUUCGGAGUCAUACCUGCUGGGAUUGGGAAUUUGACUAUUCUAGGAGUGCUUUAUCUUAACGAUAAUUCACUCUUCGGAGUCAUACCUGCUGGGAUUGGGAAUUUGACUAGUCUAAGAGAGCUUUAUCUUGAUCAUAAUUCACUCUUCGGAGUCAUACCUGCUGGGAUUGGGAAUUUGACUAGUCUAGGAGUGCUUUAUCUUAACGAUAAUUCACUUUCAGGUCCCAUACCCAUUGAGAUUGGCAAGCUUUCCAACCUCACUAUUCUUUCUCUGUCUAGUAAUUCCCUGGAGGGUACCAUGUCUGAACUCCAUUUCGCUAACUUAACCAAACUAAGUGAGCUUGAUCUAUUCGAAAACUCCCUAGUCAUCUCAAUAGACCACAAUUGGGUUCCUCCUUUUCAACUCCGAUCCAUUAAACUGAGUUCUUGUAAGUUGGGUCCUACAUUUCCAAGAUGGCUCCGUUCACAAAACUCCAUUAAGGAUUUGGAUAUGUCGAACACAAGCAUCGAGGAUGCCUUGCCUGAUUGGUUUUGGAACACUUCUGCUUCUUCUUCUAUAAAUCUCUCCCAAAAUCAGAUUAGCGGCACUUUGCCUGAUUUGAUCUUUUCAUCCAUUCUUUACCUUGUCAACAUUAUAGAUCUUUCAAAUAAUAAUUUGACAGGAGAAAUCCCAAUUGAAAUUGGGUCUCUUUCAAUGCUCCAAACUUUAAAUCUAUCCAGAAACAAUUUUGUCGGCCAAAUUCCGGCGGCAAUUGGUGCCAUGAAAUCAUUGGAAACAACAUUAGGCCGGACGUGGAAAUGGAAUCCCACUUUAGAGCAUCGUGCUUGCGAAGGCGGGAGACUCGGUGAAGUCAAUGGUGGGGUCAUUUCGUGA